GGCAGAAUGAUGCCAAUAUCUCUGUGAGGGUGGAGGAGACACAAGACCAGAUCAGCAUACAGCAGCGUAGGAUAGUUCUCAUUCACUUCCUUCCUGUACAGCAAAGAAAGUGAAUCACAAGUCUGCACGCCUUCCAGAGAGUGGCUGCGCGCUUGAAGAAAACCGGCGUCCGUGCAGGGACCUGAGAGAAGAUCUGCUGUCUUUGCAUUCGGGCUCCGGGUCGAGGCUACGCCUGCCCUGCUUGUGAGGGUGCUGCGUGUUGAUCAUGGCUCUCCGGCUGCCUCUGAUCCUGUGGCUCACAGUGCUGAUGGAUUCCAUCAUUCUCAUGCAGUCUGCCCAGGAGAAGCAGCUUCCUGACAUCACCGACCAGAGCUUCAUCGACAGGUGUGUCAAGGCACACAACGACCAUCGUUCCAGAGUGAAUCCGGCGGCUAGCGACAUGUUGUACAUGACUUGGGAUGAGGCUUUGGCUAAAAGUGCCCGUGCCUGGGCCAGGAACUGCAAGAAUUUCCACAAUCCCCUUCUGCAGACCCGGGGGAAGGUCCACCCCACCUUCUCUCCUGUUGGCGAAAAUAUCUGGGUGGGAGAACCUUUUUCCACCUUCACCGUCGAAGGAGCAGUACAGAAGUGGUUCAACGAAGUGGCUGAGUAUACCUACAGCACUAAGGAAUGCAAGUCCGUGUGUGGCCAUUACAAACAGGUGGUGUGGGCUAAGAGCUACAAGGUCGGCUGUGCAGUGCAGGUCUGCCCGAACGGAAUAGAAGAGUUCUCUAAUAACCCCAAAUCUGCCAUAUUUGUGUGCAACUAUGGAGAUGCAGGGAAUAUUAAGGGACAUCACCCCUACAAGGAAGGAACUUCAUGCAGUGGGUGCCCGAGCGAUUCAUGCAACAACAAGCUGUGCCGUAACCCCAAACGGGAGGAACUGAAAAGUUACAGCUGGUCACCAGACUGGGACCCUGGGGCAGCAUCCUCUGCCUCCUGCAACAGCUUCUGCCUGGCUGUGGUCAUCACCAGACCCCUGUCCCUCCUGCUGAUAUUCGCUGGAGUGUACGGACUGCAGCUCCUCUACCCAAACCUGUUCGCAUACGAGUGACACCUUCAGAGGGACUGGGGAGGCAGCGUAAAGCAACACCUCUGAUUUCUGCUCAAUGCAGGUUAAACUUCUUCCCAGAGGGGAAGUUGUUUUUUUUGUUGUUUGUGAGAGGUGUAAUCGUAUUAUAAUGAGCACAUCAUUUUGUCGUCUAGGAGAAACAUAAUGGUGUGCAACACUGUAAGAUCAUGGCUUGUUUUCGCGUUUUCUUUUAACUAGCUUGUACAUUUCUCAUUUGCCACUCGGCAUUCAGGCAACAGAUACUAACACAAGAAUGGCAAAGUUCUGCACAAAUCUCAAAAUCAACCUUGAACAUAAUUUGGAGCAGAAUUAUGUUUUCCACAACUGAGAAAGAUUUAAAACUUUGUUGCCAUGGUUACCUGCAUGGCGUAUUCGUAAACUGCCACUCUGUUUAUUCUCCUGGGUGUGGGAACACUGGAUCCUGCUUUUCUUUUAGAGAAGGCAGUCUAAGCACAAACUAUUUGCCUUGGAUGCCCAAAUCCUCAGCCAUUGUUAUCUUUCGUACCCAGGACUGCUGCUAACCAACAACAUAAAAAUACUGCACAAGCUUUAUGAAGUUUUGAUUAAUAGUAGCCAUUUCUCGAGGCCAGAAAUUUGGAAUUCAGCAGGAUAUUGUAAAACUGACCAUUAAUUAUCAAUUUGCAAUGUCCUUAAAAUGAUCUUGUGUCAACAUUUUCCAUGAAAUUGUCCAGGCAAAGGUAGCAAAUCUGCCUCUGCCAAAUCAAAGAUUCUGAUCACCUGUACAACCUCUCUUAAUAUUCAACACACUGCCAUGCCCAUCUGCCUCCUUUUUCUCCACAAUUUCAGCAACUGCUGUGUCUGUAGAUAACAUAUGCACGAAAUGUCGUUUCUCAUAGGAGAAAGCUCACUGUGGUUAAACUGCCAAGUCCGUGGUCACCUUCCGAAAUAUUGCAACAGCAACAGCUUGGCAAGAAUGGUGAUGAUCAAAGCAAGCUGUGUGACCCAAUGCUGUGGAAACAGGAUAGCGUCCAAAUAUACGAAAUAUAGCCAUAUUAUAAAAUAUGGCAUAUGCUAUACUCAUUCAAAACAUGACUGCUAGUGGCUUGGUAAAAAAUUCUGAAAAUUUACGCAGUGUCACACCUCUAUACGUAUAUUUACUCUUUUCAAUUCUGAAUCUUAAUCUCAUUUACAUUCCUAUAUUGCAAUAUUUACAACUUACAUUACACAUAAUUCAUAGACAGAGUACUUACAGCUGUUCAAGUUCUAGUUCCUUGACAUAACCAAAAUGCACUGCCAAAUCACACUCAUACUUUCACGUGUAUAAUAAAAAUAGCACUGACGCAAAUAAAUGAAGUGAGUGUGCUGGUCUUUUACUUUCACAUGACCAAGUUGUGUGUCCCCACCCAAAUUUCAUUUUGUUCUGAGGAUACACUCCUCAACAAAAUGCGAAACAUCACCACACUGACCUCAGCCAACAGUGCACACAUCUGAGAGACACACCAGUUCAACUUGCGAAAACGUGUGGUAGCACUUGCAACUUAACACACCACUGUCAUGAAGACAGAGCAAAUAAUUAUGCAUUAAUUCACUCAUUGGUGCUGCCAUCAAGUCGUCUCAGAAGUCUUCUCCAGUGCCACAAGGGGUAGAAAUUACAUAAUUUCCCUGAAUAUCUCCUCAAUGACUUUCAACUAACUGAUCACAUACAGCUGACUGUUAACUUCCCCAUAUACCCACUCUGACUGCCACCAGAACUUCCAUCUAAAAACAGCUGCAGCGGCAGCCUGCACACUGGUCCUGGAGAUCAAACGGCCACUUAAUUUCCAUAUAACCCGCAAUCAUGCUUUCCAGGAGGAGGGAGGAUGACCCAUUUACCACUGAUAAUU